AUGGAUCGUCUCUUGUCUCCCAACAAUGUGACUGAAUUUGUUCUCCUGGGACUCACACAGAAUCCACACUUGCAGAGAAUACUUUUCAUUGUGUUUUUGUUCAUUUUCCUGUUUACCAUAUUGGCCAAUCUGCUCACUGUCCUCACCAUCUCUCUCAGCCCCACACUUUCCUCUCCCAUGUACUUCUUUCUGACCUACUUGUCCUUCAUAGAUGCCUCCUACACCUCAGUCACCACCCCAAAAAUGAUCAUCGACCUGAUCUACCAGAGGAGAACCAUCUCCUUGGGAGGCUGCCUAACUCAGCUGUUUGUGGAGCACUUCCUGGGAGGCUCAGAGAUCAUCCUUCUCAUCGUCAUGGCCUAUGACCGCUAUGUGGCCAUCUGCAAGCCCCUGCACUAUACCACCAUUAUGCGACAGCAGCUCUGCCGCCUUCUGGUCAUAGUGGCCUGGAUUGGUGGGAUCCUUCAUGCUACUGUGCAGAUUGUCUUCAUGAUGAACUUGCCCUUCUGUGGCCCCAAUACCAUUGACCACUUCAUGUGUGACCUCUUCCCACUGCUGAAGCUUGCCUGUAGAGAUACCCACAUGCUUGGAAUGGUGGUGGCUGCCAACAGUGGGGCCAUGUGCUUGCUCAUUUUUUGCAUGUUACUCAUCUCCUAUAUAGUCAUCCUGUGCUCCCUGAAAUCCCACAGCUCUGAAGGACGGCGCAAAGCCCUCUCCACCUGUACCUCCCAUUUUACUGUGGUUGUACUCUUUUUCGUGCCCUGCAUAUUCACCUACAUGCGUCCUGUGGCCACCUACCCAGUGGACAAGUUGUUUGUGGAAUAUAAUCAGGAUUGA